CAAUAGGUGGAGCUGUAUCCGUUGGUACUGUACGUCCUUGUGUACAGUUCUCGGAACAAUUCCGAUCAAACCACUGGACUGCCCAAGGACAAAGACCGAGAGAAAUUGACCAACACCAAAGUCAAAUCCCCUGGCCAUUCCACCAGCGAACUCAAACUCAACAUACAGCGCUCGAUGGUCAAGUUCAGUAUGAAUGUCAGCAAGGCGGCGUCUACACAACAAUUGAAAGCGGACAUUCUGGAUUCGUAUGCGUCGUUGAAGGAUGGGCUGGUGGUGCCUCCCCAGAACGCACGCAUCUGGAACUUCUACAACGCCAAUAGAAUAACACUGCUGCACGAAGCCACGCGACUGGAUGAUAACGACCUAAUCGACCGACAGGCUGUGAUGCUGGAGAUACGCGACACUGACAGUGACAAUUGGCCGUGUGAGGUCACGGCAUCGUCUGACGGCAAUCGAUCGUUCUUCCACUCACGCACAAAGUCAAACGUCGACGUCCCUGUGGUACAGCCCGGGUUGACAGGCCUCCAGAAUCUGGGCAACACCUGUUUCAUGAACGCAGCCAUCCAAUGCCUCAGCCACACAGCUGCACUGACGACGUACUUUCUGUCUGGCUACCACAAAGUCGAACUCAAUCCAGACGGCGCUCUGAGCUGUCAGGGGAUGAUUGCGCGAAGUGAGUACAAUUGGUACACAGACAACAGAAAACGUACCAUACGGUUGCCAGUGGAGCAUCAGAUCAACGAUAUCACAAAGAAACCGUACGUCGAAUUGGCCGACAGCAACGGACGCGCCAACUCUGCGGUGGCGGCAGAGUACUGGGAUGCGCAUAAGAGCCGCAACAAUAGUAUCAUCACAGACGUCUUCCACGGCAUGCUACACAAUCAGACGCGAUGCUUGGAGUGUGGACACGAGAAUGUGCGGUUUGAUCCGUUCAGUUACCUGACACUGCCUCUGCCAAGCGAAAACAAUAUCUACGUAGAAGUGGUGGUGGUGAAGCUGGAUGGCACUACGCCCAUCAUGUACGGCGUCAAUGUCAGCAAGAAGUGCACCAACCGUGAACUCAAGAAUCAGAUCGAAGCCUUGGCGUACAUCUCCAAGCACAGUAUCAUUCUUCUCGAGACCUCUGAGGGCCGGG